GACCCUGCUUUACCAGUCUGCCUCCCACAACUGGUCUCAGAAAGCCUUCCAACCCAAACCCACCUCCAAACUUCGGCCUUUCUCUCUAAUCUCAGCUGGAAGAACUCCAUCUCUUCCAGCCCUUUUCAAUCCCCAUAAUCAUCGGUUAAAGCCUUUCGAUUCUCCAAGAACAGAAAAAGAUUAAACUGAUUCUCAACUUCAAGAUCUGUUCUCAAACCCCUAAAGAUCUGGCUGGAAAUUCAGAGGAUAGUGGAAAACCUUUCUAGUUAAUAUGUCUGUUGUGUUGCCCAAAAGCGAUUCUGUUGAAAUUAGAGAGGUUUGGAAUGAUAAUCUUGAAGAAGAGUUCGCUUUGAUUCGAGACAUUGUUGACGAUUAUCCUUAUAUCGCAAUGGAUACUGAGUUUCCUGGUGUUGUUCUUCGUCCUUUGGCUCAAUUUAAGAACAUUAAUGACUAUAAUUAUCAUACAUUGAAGGAUAAUGUUGAUAUGUUGAAGUUGAUUCAAUUAGGGCUAACCUUUUCAGACGAAAACGGAAAUCUUCCCACUUGUGGGUCGGAAAAGCACUGCAUUUGGCAGUUCAAUUUCAGGGAAUUUAAUGUGAAUGAGGAUAUUUUUGCCAGUGAUUCAAUUGAGAUGUUGAAACAGUGUGGGAUUGAUUUCAACAAGAAUACUGAGAUGGGUAUUGACGCAAAUCGAUUUGGAGAGCUUUUGAUGUCGUCUGGGAUUGUUUUGAAUCCUAAUAUAUGUUGGGUGACAUUUCACAGUGGAUAUGAUUUCGGGUACUUGCUUAAGUUACUGACUCAAAAAGAACUGCCUGAAACUCAAGUGGGAUUCUUCAAUUUGAUCAAGAUUUACUUCCCAAUGGUUUACGAUAUCAAACAUUUGAUGAGGUUCUGCAAUCAUCUUCAUGGUGGUUUGAAUAAACUUGCAGAGAUCUUGGAAGUUGAAAGAAUCGGUGUUUGUCAUCAAGCAGGAUCCGAUAGUCUGCUUACGUCUCAUGCUUUCAAGAAACUGAAAGAAAGUUACUUCAAUGGAUCCACAGAGAAGUAUGCUGGUGUGUUAUAUGGUCUGGGUGUGGAAAAUGGAGGUUCAGAAUAAGUAGGAAACAAAAUACAUGAACUUUAAAGUUUGUUUUAAGCUAAAAUUGUUGUUGCAUCUUAGUUAUGUUUGAUCAUGUUUUUCUUGAUCGUUACUUGGUAACGAACGAACCCAUAAAGGGUCUUGUAGUUUGAGUACUGUAAAUUAGUGUUCAAUAACAAGUUUUCAACAUUUCAAUAUAUCGUUCAGUGCUUCUUGUUACCU